AUGAGUGACGCUCAGGCAAAUGAGGCCGAGAAGAAUAUCGAGAUAUGGAAGGUGAAAAAAUUGAUUAAGCGCCUCGAAGCUGCGCGUGGAAAUGGAACCUCCAUGAUUUCUCUCAUUAUUCCGCCAAAGGAUCAGGUCUCCCGUGCGGCGAAGAUGUUGGCAGAAGAAUACGGUACCGCAUCGAACAUCAAGUCUCGUGUGAAUCGACAAUCCGUUCUUUCUGCUAUCACGUCUACCCAACAAAGACUGAAGUUGUAUAACAAAGUCCCGCCCAAUGGAUUGGUCGUUUACUGUGGUGAAAUUUUGACAUCAGAAGGAAAGGAAAGAAAGGUCAACAUCGAUUUCGAGCCCUUCAAGCCCAUCAACACAUCUCUCUACCUUUGCGACAACAAAUUCCACACGGAAGCUCUUGCUGAAUUGUUGGAGUCUGACCAAAAGUUCGGCUUCAUCAUUAUGGACGGAAAUGGAGCCCUCUUCGGUACCUUGAGUGGAAACACCAGAGACGUUGUUCACAAAUUUUCUGUCGAUUUACCAAAGAAGCACGGUCGUGGUGGACAAUCUGCUCUUCGUUUCGCGCGUCUUCGUGAGGAAAAGCGUCAUAACUACGUCAGGAAGGUUGCCGAAUUAGCUGUACAGAACUUCAUCACAGCAGAUAAAGUCAACGUAGCUGGUAUUAUCUUGGCUGGUUCUGCCGACUUCAAGAAUGAUCUUAACCAGUCCGAUUUGUUUGAUAACCGUUUGGCCACAAAGGUUAUUAAGGUUGUUGAUGUUUCUUAUGGUGGUGAGAACGGAUUCAAUCAAGCUAUUGAGCUUUCAGCCGAGACACUUAGCAAUGUCAAAUUCAUUCAGGAGAAGAAGCUUAUUGGAAAGUACUUCGAGGAGAUCAGUCAAGACACAGGACGAAUUUGUUAUGGUGUUGAGGAUACUUUGAAGGCUUUAGAACUAGGUGCUGUUGAAGUUUUGAUCGUUUUUGAGAACCUCGAGAUCAACCGUUGGGUGUUGAAAGAUAGCAAUGGCGUCCAAACAAUUCUUCAUACUACUAAGCAAUCCGAGGCCUCAAACCGAGAACAAUUCAUGGACAAGGAGACUGGCCAAGAAAUGGAAGUCGUUUCCUCGGAAUCGUUCUUGGAAUGGAUCGCCGAGAAGUACAGAGAUUUCGGAACAACAUUAGAGUUUGUUUCAGACAGAUCCAGUGAGGGUAACCAAUUCGUUAAGGGUUUUGGUGGCAUUGGUGGCCUCUUGCGCUACAAGGUCAAUUUUGAACAGUUGGCCGAAGUUGACGACGAUGAUGACUACUACGACGGGAAUGCCCGUCCCAGCCCUCUCCGGUCCGUCAUGACGGCUUCAAUCAACUCCUCUAGCACACCAGCUAUCUCUUUCCUUGGGCCUAUUUCUUCUUAUACUCAUCAGGCCGCUCUUGGACGCUUCGAUAAAGAGAAAUAUGAGUACCAACCAGCCAUUGGAAUACCAGAUGUUUUCGAGGCUGUUCAAUCGGGCAAAGCAGAGUUAGGUGUUGUACCUUUUGAGAAUUCUACAAAUGGAGCUGUGAUCUUUACCUUAGAACUCCUCGCAGAUCGCCAUUCCUUAUAUAAAGAUGUCAUAAUAUGCGGCGAAGCCUAUCUUGAUGUUAGCCACUGCCUGUUAGGUUAUGUUUCGACGGCAGACUCUCCAGUAAUGUCUGGCACUUGUACCCCGACUACAUCCACCCCUUCUCCUGUCAAGCCAAAGACAACGCCGCUGUCUAGUCUCAAUCACAUUCAACGUAUUUACACCCAUCCACAAGCAUACGGCCAAUGCGAGGCAUUUCUAGGAACAUACUUGAAGGGGGUUGAGAGACUGGACGUCAGUUCCACAAGCAAGGCAGCCGAAAUCGUUAAAGCAGAUAAGACUGGUACAAGUGCAGCCAUUGCUAGUUCGCUCGCAGCAGAUAUUCACAAAUUGGAUAUUCUGGCAAAAGGAAUUGAGGAUCGUGAUGAUAAUACUACCAGAUUCCUCAUUUUGCGCAAAGGUGUAGAUACGUCUGCGACAAAGGUUGAUGUUGCCGCUAAGUCGAUGGUUACUUUUACUAUCGAUCAUAGAACACCGGGUGCACUCGCAGAUGUACUGGAUUGCUUCAGGAGAUACCAAGUCAAUUUGACAAGUAUUAACAGUCGCCCAACGAAAAUAGUUCCUUUCCAAUACAUUUUCUUCGUUGAAUUUGAAGGAAAUGAUUUCUGCAUAAAACCUGGCAUGAGGCUCUCCAAUUGCUUCUAUUCUCGAUCAUAUGGUCUUCGUACCAUCAAUCGCUCCUUGACACUACCUGCGCAUACUCGAAAAUCUUCCACGCAGUCAAUUCUCCACAAGGAGCUCACAUCACGCAAGCCCAACAUUAUAUAUGAUUAUUUGUCGCCAACUCCUUCACAUCUUUUAAAUAUAUCUCUAGCGGACUUCCUUCCACCUACAUGCUACCCUGCUAAUUUCAAAGUCCAAGACCUCACCCUUCCGUACACUACUACACUCGGACAUGAGUGUAGUGAUGCAGCACUUCUCCCCCAGUCGCACCAUCUAGUCUAUUUCUCUCCGCAAAUUCCUCACAGUGCUCUACUUCCAGAUGGCACAGAUCCUCUGCAGUCCCCAGGGCCGCCAUUUGUGCGCCGCAUGUGGGCUGGUGGGUCUCUUAUUUUCAAUACUACGAGUGGAGAGCAACUUCGUCUUGGUAACAUGCGAGCAGCUUGUAUAGAACGAAUCGUGGACGUUUCGGUCAAAGGGCGUGAAGGUGACGAGAAAGUGUUUGUAAACAUUGAGAGACGGGUUGGCCUCGCUGAUACCGGAGACGAACUGCGAAUGAAUCCAGAUGCAAAGAGCAGCGCAAUCGUGUCGGAAAAGUGCUCUGUAAGUGAUCGAAAUUACAUGGCCGAUCAACAAUUACUACAACGUCACCAUGUCGAUAACAACGACAACAUCGGACAAGCAUCCUUAGUGGAGACGCGGAAUAUCGUCUUCAUGCGGGAGAAAGACACAACCACUGCCAAAGAAGAUUGCGCUAGGCUUCCAAAGAUCUUGCGGCCCACGCGUAAACCAGAUUUUGAUGUGCGAAUAACACCUACACAAUCCCUUUUAUUUAGAUUUUCGGCCCUUACAUUUAAUGCUCACGCUAUACAUCUGGAUCCUCAAUACUGCCGGGAGUCUGAAGGAUAUAGAAAUCUACUCCUUCAUGGACCCCUUUCAUUGGUGCUCAUGUUCUCCGUCUUGCGAUCACAACUUCAGCCUGGUGAGAUGAUAAAAAGGUUCAAUUACAGAAAUUUGGCUCCACUUUACGCAAAUGAAGAACUAAGAGUCUGUGUGGGGAAGAAUGCCGACAAAAGCAACAAAUACGAAGUGUGGAUUGAAGGAAAGGAAGGCGGAUAUGCUGUCAAGGGGUCUGCGGUUGUUGGACCCCUUGACACUGGUGAUAGCUAG